AUGAUGUUCUUGGAUGGUUGCUUCGUUUUACAUUUCAUCGAAAAGAUUAAUGAGGAAGCAGAAACCAUAUUAGAGAUAAGCAAUGACCUCAUUCCUCUCAUUAUUCGGGACAUGUUCUUGAUGGAAAACCAGAUCCCAUUCGAAGUCCUUGAUAAAUUGGUGAACUUGAGAUGGGGCUCUAGCAGGGUGGGAAAAAAAAAGAUCUUGGAUUUCAUCGGACAGAAAGUCCUCAUUCCCAUGGGGUUUCGGCGGGCGAAUUAUUUUCUGAUGUUGAAUUGGUGGUGCGGAGCACUUAAUGACAGAGAACAUGAUAGCCUUCUUCACCUCCUCGACGUUCUCCGGAUCAUUUUGCUGGACUUCCCUCCCUCGAAUGAGGUAAGAAAGCAAAGCAACAGACCGCGUAACUUCGGCUCCGUUAUGGAACUCAAGGAGAUCGGGAUCAGAUUCGAGAAGAGACGCAUGGAAUCUUUGAUGGACAUAAGUUUCGAGGAACACUUAUUGUUCCCACGACUGUUGCUUCCGACAAUGUUCAUCAACGAUACAACCAUAUCUCUGCUGCUGAACUUGACCGCCUUCGAGGCGUUCUCAUAUUCCGGAUGUGGUGUUACCUCCUACAUUCGCUUCAUGGAUUCUCUCAUCAACCAUGAGGCAGACGUGGAGAUGCUCCGGUCCAAGGGCAUACUCGACCAUUCCCUCGGCAGUGACGACGAGGUGGCGCGUCUAUUCAACACGUGGCCGGCCGAUGUGAUGAACGAUCUCGAACUGUACAGCGAUAUCAGUGGCCAAAUCCUCAAGCACCGUGAUAGGAGAGUGAAUAUAUCCAUAGCUAGAUGGUGGGACAAAUAUUUCGGGAACCCAUGGACUGCCAUCUCUUUCGUAGCUGCAGUUCUCCUUCUCUUCUUCACAGCCGUUCAGACCUACUUUGCCGCUUUCUCUGGACGUUAA